CGCCAGGCUGGGCCGAAGACCCCCAGUCGCCUCCCUGUCUUUAACUCGCAGCUCCUUUGCCUCCAGCUCCUAAGACAAGAUGCCGUCGGGCUUCCAACAGAUCGGCUCAGAAGAAGGGGAACCUCCUCAGCAGCGAGUCACUGGGACCCUGGUCCUUGCAGUAUUCUCUGCUGUGCUUGGCUCCUUGCAGUUUGGCUACAACAUUGGGGUCAUCAAUGCCCCACAGAAGGUGAUUGAACAGAGCUACAAUGAGACAUGGCUGGGGAGGCAGGGACCUGGGGGACCUGGCUCCAUCCCCCCAGGCACCCUCACCACCCUCUGGGCUCUCUCCGUGGCCAUCUUUUCUGUGGGCGGCAUGGUCUCCUCCUUCCUCAUUGGCGUCAUCUCUCAGUGGCUGGGAAGGAAGAGGGCAAUGCUGGUCAACAACGCCCUGGCAGUGCUGGGGGGCACCCUCAUGGGCCUGGCCAACGCUGCUGCCUCCUAUGAGAUGCUCAUCCUUGGACGGUUCCUCAUUGGUGCCUACUCAGGGCUGACAUCAGGGCUGGUGCCCAUGUAUGUGGGGGAGAUCGCCCCCACUCACCUGCGGGGCGCCUUGGGGACACUCAACCAACUGGCUAUCGUCAUUGGCAUUCUGAUUGCCCAGGUGCUGGGCUUGGAGUCCAUGCUGGGCACUGCCACACUCUGGCCACUACUCCUGGGCAUCACAGUGCUGCCUGCCCUCCUGCAGCUGGUCCUGCUGCCCUUCUGCCCCGAAAGCCCCCGCUACCUCUACAUCAUUCGGAACCUGGAGGGACCCGCCAAAAGGAGUCUGAAGCGCCUGACAGGCUGGGCGGAUGUGUCUGGAGCGCUGGCUGAGCUGAAGGAGGAGAAGCGGAAGCUGGAGCGCGAAAGGCCACUGUCCCUGCUGCAGCUCCUGGGGAGCCGUACCCACCGGCAGCCCCUAAUCAUUGCCAUUGUGUUGCAGCUGAGCCAGCAGCUCUCAGGCAUCAAUGCCGUUUUCUAUUAUUCAACCAGCAUUUUUGAGUCGGCGGGGGUAGGGCAGCCAGCGUAUGCCACCAUAGGAGCUGGCGUGGUCAACACAGUCUUCACCUUGAUCUCGGUGCUCUUGGUGGAGCGGGCUGGGCGCCGGACACUCCAUCUUCUGGGCCUGGCAGGAAUGUGUGGCUGUGCCAUCUUGAUGACUGUGGCUCUGCUUCUGCUGGAGCGAGUUCCAGCCAUGAGCUAUGUCUCCAUCGUGGCCAUCUUCGGCUUUGUGGCAUUCUUUGAGAUUGGCCCUGGCCCCAUCCCCUGGUUCAUUGUGGCUGAGCUCUUCAGCCAGGGACCCCGCCCAGCAGCCGUGACUGUGGCUAGCUUCUCCAACUGGUCGUGCAACUUCCUCAUUGGCAUGGGUUUCCAAUAUGUUGCGGAUGCUAUGGGUCCCUACGUCUUCCUUCUGUUUGCGGUCCUCCUGCUCGGCUUCUUCAUCUUCACCUUCUUAAAAGUGCCUGAAACCCGAGGCCGGACGUUUGACCAGAUCUCAGCUGCCUUCCAUCGGACACCCUCUCUUUUAGAGCAGGAGGUGAAACCCAGCACAGAACUUGAGUACUUAGGGCCAGAUGAGAAUGACUGAGGGACCAGGCAGGGGUGGGAGAGCCAGUUCUCUCUGUCCCCAGAGACCCCCUCCUUUCCUCUGUGGCACUUUAACCCUCUCUUCCCCAUCACAUCCAGGGUGGAGAAAGCCCCUGCAGCCUGGUGGAAUUGGGAAGCUGGAGGGAGAGGUGGUCUUAGCACCCCCUCAUUCCCCUCGUGUGACUUUCUUGGAUUAUUUAUGUGUUGUGGUUAGGCUGUGGCCAUCGAGGUGGGCCAUUCUCCCCUCUUGUCCCUCUCCUCCUUCCUCCAUAGUUCACCCCUUUCCACCUCAGCUCCAGAAUACUUUUGCCCCUCUGCUAGAGAAGAGGGAUUGGAGGAGAGACUCUAGGACUGAGUUUAGUGGGGGUGAACUGAAGUACAGAGCAGGAGUGGACAAGAGAAAUCCAGUUUCCUACCACCUUGGACUCCUCCCACUCUGGCACUUUCUCUGAAUUCUUGUCACAUAGACUCUGGGUGAAGAGGGCUUUGUCUUGAUCCAUCCAAGGCAAAGGAUGAACCCUCCCAAAGUCUGACCUCACCUCUCUCACUAAAGGCUCAGUCCUCUUGCUCAACCUUCCAGGGUGAGAGGGAACACCUGCCCAUAUGUGAGAGGAAGGGAUAACAAGCUCCUGCCUCUAAACUUAAGGCUCUGGGCCCUACUUUGACUGCCCCUGGGACCCCAGCUCUUUCCUCCUCUCCCAUUGUGGAAGGGUGUUGUACCCACAGACUUUUGACCAACUAAAGGAAAGAGAGAUUUGAAAGGCUGCCUAUAAACACUAGGCUGGGAGGAAUCUUCAGAUAUUUUUAUACAUGUUUGAAAAAGAAGGGGUCGCAAGAAGAAAGCAAAAGUCUGUUGUACUAAAUGUAAAUAUAUAGAUACGUAUAUAAAGUCACUGUAUGAGACAAGUGUCCUGUCGUGGAGGCACUCAAGGAUGGGCUCAGACAGGGACGGACCACAGCUUCCCUCCCCACUCUUCUUCUCUAUCCUGCCUCAGCUCCAGGCAGAAGAUUCCUCUGGAUGCUGUCACUCAUGCCCCCACUUAUAUUUCUAGUCAUAGCUUUUAUUAAUAGUAAAUGCUAAUAAGGUGUA